AUGCCUGAGACUCGUAGUCAAUCUAAGGCUGCCUCGACUGAUGUCGACGCGCUCGCCGCCCAGACCAAGGAUCUCUCCGUCUCCGAUGCCACGCCCAAGAAGCCCACUGGCACCACCGCCGAUCUUAUUGCGGGAGAGUUUGACGAUGACGAUGAGGAAGAUGGCGACUUCAACCCUGAGGCUGAGGAAGCCGACGACGACGAUGAGGAAGAGGAGGAUGACGAGGAGGUGGAAGAGGAAGUCGAGGACGAAGAAGAGGAAGACGAACUGGUCAGCGGCGACGAGGAGAUCGUCAAGCAGGUGAACGCCGCAAAGUCCCCGCGUGCCACCGGAUCCAGCACUGCGCUGCCCAAGAAGGGUACGAUCGGAGAUCUCGCCGACGAUGAAGAUGACGAGGAUGACGCUGACUUUGAUCCCGAUGCGCAAGACGAGGAGGAUGACGAGGAAGACGAGGAAAGUAGCGAGGAGGAAGAGGAGGAAGACGCAGAGGAGGAGGAGGAGGAGCUCGUCAGCGGCGAUGAAGAAAUUGUCAAGCAGGCUAAGCGGUCGUAG